AUGUCCUGGAUCUUGGGGCCUUUGGUGCUCUUGUUGGUAUGGUUAAUGAAGAUCGCUGCCAGCCCCCAUUCGCUGAGGAUUGCCGCCAUUUUGGACGACCCCAUGGAAUGCAGCCGAGGGGAACGGCUCUCCAUCACGCUGGCCAAGAACCGGAUCAAUCGUGCCCCUGAGAGGGCAGGGAAAGCCAAAGUAGAAGUGGACAUCUUUGAAUUGCUGAGAGAUAGUGAAUAUGAAACUGCCGAAACUAUGUGUCAGAUCCUUCCCAAAGGAGUGGUUGGUGUCCUGGGCCCAUCCUCAAGUCCUGCUUCCAGCUCCAUCAUCAGCAAUAUCUGUGGGGAAAAAGAGGUUCCUCAUUUCAAGGUUGCUCCAGAAGAAUUCCUGAAGCUUCAGUUCCAGAGAUUCACAACUUUGAACCUCCAUCCCAGCAACACUGACAUCAGCGUCGCCGUUGCUGGGAUCUUGAAUUUCUUCAACUGCACCACUGCCUGCCUCAUCUGUGCCAAAGCUGAAUGCCUUCUAAACCUGGAGAAAUUGCUCCGACAGUUCCUUAUCUCGAAGGAAACGCUCUCCAUUCGGAUGUUGGAUGAAAGCUGGGAUCCCACACCAUUGCUAAAAGAGAUCAGGGAUGACAAAACCGCCACCAUCAUUGUCCACGCCAACGCUUCCAUGUCCCACACGAUCCUUAAGAAGUAGGCAGGAGUGGGGAGGAGCUCAAUUUAUUGGAAAUACAAUAUUUGCACAGAUCUGGAAUUUUCUCUCCAGCAACUGGACAGCCUUAUGGACGAUCGAGUGAACAUCAUGGGGUUUUCUAUCUUCAACCAGUCCCACCCUUUCUUCCAGCAAUUUGCAGAGAGUCUCAACCAGUCAUGGUUAGAGAAUUGUGACCAUAUUCCUUUUACUGGACCAGCACUGUCUUCUGCCUUAUUAUUCGAUGCAGUCUAUGCUGUGGUCAGUGCGGUACAAGAGCUGAACCGGAGCCAGGAAAUUGGUGUAAAACCCUUGUCUUGCGGAUCUGCCCAAAUCUGGCAACAUGGCACCAGUUUGAUGAACUACCUCAGAAUGGUAGAAUUGGAAGGUCUCACUGGCCACAUAGAGUUCAACAGCAAAGGCCAACGAUCAAACUAUGCUCUGAAAAUCCUGCAGUACACCAGGAAUGGCUUCAGACAGAUCGGUCACUGGCAUGUUACAAAAGGCCUUUCGAUGGAUAACCAGAUCUUCUCAACCAACAUGUCAGAGAGCCUCUUCAACACCACGCUUCUUGUCACUACCAUCCUGGAAAACCCUUACUUAAUGCUCAAGGGCAACCAUCAAGAUUUGGAAGGGAACGACCGCUACGAGGGCUUCUGCGUGGACAUGCUCAAGGAGCUCGCGGAUAUUUUGCGCUUCAACUACAAGAUCCACCUGGUGGGAGAUGGAGUGUAUGGAGUUCCUGAGGCCAACGGAACGUGGACUGGCAUGGUUGGAGAACUGAUCGCUCGGAAAGCUGACUUGGCAGUGGCUGGCCUGACCAUUACAGCCGAGCGAGAGAAGGUGAUUGAUUUCUCAAAGCCCUUCAUGACUCUGGGGAUUAGCAUCCUCUACCGCGUUCACCUGGGGCGCAAACCUGGCUAUUUCUCUUUUCUGGAUCCAUUUUCUCCUGGGGUUUGGCUCUUCAUGUUACUUGCCUACCUUGCAGUGAGCUGCGUCCUCUUCUUGGUGGCCCGACUGACCCCCUACGAGUGGUACAGCCCCCAUCCCUGUUCUCAAGGGCGAUGCAAUCUACUGGUGAAUCAGUAUUCCCUGGGCAACAGCCUGUGGUUUCCUGUCGGUGGAUUCAUGCAACAGGGAUCGACGAUUGCCCCACGAGCUUUGUCCACCCGCUGUGUCAGUGGAGUCUGGUGGGCUUUUACCUUGAUCAUCAUCUCCUCCUAUACGGCUAACCUGGCAGCUUUUCUCACCGUGCAGCGCAUGGACGUACCCAUUGAAUCUGUCGACGAUCUGGCUGAUCAGACAGCGAUUGAGUAUGGCACAAUCCAUGGAGGCUCCAGCAUGACAUUUUUCCAAAACUCACGGUACCAGACGUAUCAAAGAAUGUGGAAUUACAUGUAUUCUAAGCAGCCAAGCGUCUUUGUUAAAAGCACAGAAGAAGGCAUCGCCCGGGUGCUCAACUCCAACUAUGCUUUCCUGCUGGAGUCCACCAUGAACGAGUAUUACCGCCAGCGCAAUUGCAACCUCACCCAGGUCGGGGGCCUUCUGGACACCAAGGGCUACGGGAUUGGCAUGCCAGUCGGUUCUGUUUUCCGCGAUGAGUUUGACUUGGCCAUUCUCCAGCUGCAGGAGACCAACCGUCUGGAAAUCCUGAAGCGAAAGUGGUGGGAGGGCGGACAGUGUCCUAAAGAGGAGGACCAUCGAGCCAAGGGUCUAGGAAUGGAGAAUAUAGGUGGAAUCUUUGUGGUCCUGAUAUGUGGUUUAAUCGUAGCAAUUUUUAUGGCAGUGCUGGAGUUCUUGUGGAGUCUCCGACACUCUGAACAUUCUGAAAUAUCAGCCUGCCAGGAAAUGGCGUCGGAAUUGCGUAGCAUCAUUCUCUGCAGGGACAGUUUUCACCCCCGUCAAAGACGAGGAGCUAUUCUUCGGACUCGCCCCAUUAUACAGGAAGACCGAAGAGCCCGUACGGCUAUCACUACCACACUCAGUAAUGGCAAACUCUGUGGUGGUGGGGACCCUGACCAGCUGGCACAGCGACUUGCACAAGAAGCUGCCCUGGUGGCUCGAGGUUGUACUCACAUCCGGGUGUGCCCUGAAUGCCGGAGGUUCCAAGGACUUCGUGUCCGGCCAGGACCAGAUUCCCUCGUGCAAAGCGACGAGAGUUUGGAAUGGGAGAAGGUGACAAACAGCAGCGAGCCCGAAUAA